CGGAGAGCAGGGGCGGCUUCCGGGAUUUGGCGGGGGCCUUUGUCAGCUCCAGUCAGAGCUCGGGUCUCGUUGCUACGGCUGCGAGUCUGGUUCUGGGAGGCCCAGGCGGAUUCGCGUUCUGAGAAUAAACAGAGAUUUUGUUGUUCUGUGACCCGCAGGCAUUGGGAGAUCCGUAGCUAAGACGCUAGGGCAUCCCGGAAGCUGGGAAAUGGGCCCUGUGUAGCCACCCUCCGUCCAGUCUUUUCCAGUUCCUGAGAUUCAGAACUGUCUGGGAUGACUCAAGAUGCCCACAGUGGUCAUGUGUCUUGGAGUGUUUAGUGACUGUCAGCCCCGUGUCAUCUCUUAGAGGACCGCCCAAGGGACUGUUGACAUUCAGGGAUGUGGCCAUAGAAUUCUCUGUGGAGGAGUGGGAACACCUGGAACCAGCUCAGAAGAAUUUGUAUUGGGAUGUGAUGUUAGAGAACUACAGAAACCUAGUCUCUCUGGGUCUUGCUGUCUCUAAGCCGGACCUGAUCACCUUUUUGGAGCAAAGGAAAGAGCCCUGGAAUGCGAAGAGUGCGGAGACAGUAGCCAUCCAGCCAGAUAUGUUUUCGCAUUAUAACAAGGACCUGUUGACAGAGCACUGCACAGAGGCGUCAUUCCAAAAAGUGAUACCGAGGACACAUGAGAGCUGUGACCUUGAGAAUUUACAUAUAAGGAAAAGGUGGAAAAGGGAGGAGUGUGAAGGGCACAGUGGGUGUUACGAUGAAAAGACUUUUAAAUAUGAUCAAUUUGAUGAGUCCUCUAUUGAAAGUUUGUUUCACCAACAAAUACUUUCUUCUUGUGCCAAAAGCUAUAACUUUGAUCAAUAUAGGAAGAUCUUUACUCAUUCAUCAUUGGUUAAUCAACAACAGGAAAUUGAUAUUUGGGGAAAACAUCACAUAUAUGAUAAACCUUCAGUGUUCUUUGGGCAGGUCUCUACUCUAAAUGGUUACCAAGAUAUUUUUAUUGGAGACAAAAAUUAUCAGUGCAAUAAUUCUGAUAAAAUCUUGAACCAAAGGUCAAGCCCUAAAAAUCAUCAGGAAAAUUAUUUUCUAGAGAAACAAUACAAACGUAAAGAAUUUGAGAAAGUCUUUCUUCAGAGUAUGCAUGUGCAAGAGAAGCAAGAAGAGUCUUACAAAUGUGAUAAAUGUGUAGAAGUUUGUACCCAGUCAUUAAAACAUAUUCAACAUCAGACCAUCCCUAUCAGAAAAGACUCACAUAGAUGUAAUAAAUAUGAUAAAGACCUUAGUCAAUCAUCAAAUCUUAGAAAGCAGGUAAUCAAUAAUGAAGAGAAACCAUACAAAUGUGAAAAAUGUGGUGAUAGCUUUAACCAUAGUUUGUACCUUACUCAAAAUCAGAUCAUUCCUACCGAAGAGAAGGCUUAUAAAUGGAAAGAAUGUGGCCAAGUUUUUAACCUUAACUGUAGUUUAUACCUUACUAAACAUCAGCGAAUUCAUACUGGAGAAAACCUCUACAAAUGUAAAGCGUGUAGCAAAUCUUUUACUCGUUCCUCCAAUCUUACUGUGCAUCAGAGAAUUCAUACUGGAGAGAAACCCUACAAAUGUAAAGAAUGUGGCAAAGCCUUUCGCUGUAGUUCAUACCUUACUAAACAUAAGCGAAUUCAUACUGGAGAGAAACCUUAUAAAUGUAAGGAAUGUGGCAAGGCUUUUAACCGUAGUUCAUGCCUUACUCAACAUCAGACAACUCAUACAGGAGAAAAACUUUACAAAUGUAAAGUAUGUAGCAAAUCUUAUGCUCGUUCUUCAAAUCUUAUUAUGCAUCAGAGAGUUCAUACUGGAGAGAAGCCUUUUAAGUGUAAAGAAUGUGGCAAAGUCUUUAGCCGUAGUUCAUGCCUUACUCAACAUCGGAAAAUUCAUACUGGAGAAAAUCUUUACAAAUGUAAAGUAUGUGCCAAACCUUUUACUUGCUUCUCAAAUCUUAUUGUGCAUGAGAGAAUUCAUACUGGAGAGAAACCCUAUAAAUGUAAAGAAUGUGGCAAAGCCUUUCCUUAUAGUUCACACCUUAUUCGGCAUCAUAGAACUCAUACUGGAGAAAAACCGUACAAAUGUAAAGCAUGUAGCAAAUCCUUUAGUGACUCCUCAGGUCUUACUGUGCAUCGGAGAAGUCAUACUGGUGAGAAACCCUAUACCUGUAAAGAAUGUGGCAAAGCCUUUAGUUAUAGUUCAGAUGUUAUUCAGCAUCAGAGAAUUCAUACUGGCCAGAGACCCUACAAAUGUGAAGAAUGUGGCAAAGCCUUUAACUAUAGGUCAUACCUCACUACACAUCGGAGAAGUCAUACUGGAGAGAGACCCUACAAAUGUGAGGUAUGUGGCAAAGCCUUUAACUCUAGGUCAUACCUCACUACCCAUCGGAGAAGUCAUACUGGAGAGAGACCCUACAAAUGUGAAGAAUGUGGCAAAGCCUUUAAUUAUAGGUCAUACCUCACUACACAUCAGAGAAGUCAUACUGGAGAGAGACCUUAUAAAUGUGAAGAAUGCGGCAAAGCCUUUAACUCUAGGUCAUACCUCACUGCACAUCAGAGAAGUCAUACUAGAGAAAAACUUUAAAAAUGUAAAACACGGAGCAAAUUUUUUACUUGUUACCUAUGUCUUAUUGUGCAUCAGAUAAUUUGUAUGGGAGUGAAACCCUACAAGGGUUAAGAAUGUGCAUAACCUUUAACCAUUUUUCAAGCCUUAGACAACAGCAGAGAAUAUAAACUGGAAAAAAGCCACACAGAUAUUAAAAAUGUGGCAAAUUAUUUAAACCGUGCUUAACCCUUACUCAAGGUAAUCCAUACUAGAGAAACAGUAUAGAUAUAAAAAUGUGAAAAGUUUUACUCAAGAUAUCAAAUUUAUGAGUCACCUAGGGGUUCAUAGAAAAAGUUUGCGGAUGUGAUAAAUGUGAGGAAGUAUUUAAUAAAAAAUGAAGUCUAAAUGUGUCAGAAUUUACUCAAGAAAGGACUGAAGCACAGACACUUUCAGCCUUUACUCUAAAUAAGAGUAUUUUUUAUACAGAAUAAAGGCAAAAUAAUUAGAUAAUUUAUUUGCUUAUAUGUUUUAAAGUAGCAAGAACAUUGAUAUUUUGACAGGUACAUUUCAUGGAUACUUCAUUUGUAUUUACAGUAUUCAAGGUUUUUGGAAAGCAAAUAUUAUUUAUAUAAUUCAGCUCUCAAAUCCAUUGCUGCAUUUCCUGAAUCCAUGUUGUUCAUUUGAAAAUAUGUGUUCUGUUUUUUUUCUGCAUCAGAACAAUGUAAGAUCCGUCUACAGUAGGUGAACAUCAUUAUUAUCCACAUUUUUCAUGGGAGUUUAAUGCCAAAUAUAAAACACAUGAAGAGAAUGUUUAAAAAUAUGCUCUUUGUGUUUGAAUAAAGUGUUAAUGGAUGUAAACA